UCGCGUACGCAUAAGCAGACAUCAAGCUGUUUUAAGUUAGGUCUUAAAAGUUGAAACCUGACUCUUGAGCCGCCAUAGUUCGUCGUGUAGGAAGAAGAUGAGUUCUGAUCUGAAGAGAAAGCAGAAGAAGAAAAACCCUAAACCCGUUCAGAUAAACCCUAAUUGGUCACUCCUCCAACAAAAGCUGAAAUCUGAUUCGAAUAACUCGGGCAAUCGAAAAUCUUCAAACAAUGACGACUCAGAUAAUCCUAGGUCCAUAUUAGGGAAGCGGAAAGAGAGACCUGAUUCGGAGGUGGAUGUUCCUAAGAUUAGUCCCUUAGCUCCGGUUAAUGACGAUUCCAGUUUGACAGAUGAAGUGGCUAUGGACUGUGAAAUGGUUGGUGUCAGUCAAGGAACCAAAAGCGCCCUUGGACGUGUUACCUUGGUAAACAAAUGGGGAAAUGUUCUAUACGAUGAGUUUGUUCGUCCAGUGGAACGUGUUGUUGACUUUCGAACGCAUAUUAGUGGGAUUCGACCUAGAGACUUAAGAAAGGCCAAAGAUUUCCGAGUUGCUCAGACCAAAGUAGCGGAGUUGAUCAAGGGGAAGAUUCUCGUGGGACAUGCCUUGCACAACGAUCUCAAGGUUUUGCUGUUAACUCACCCGAAAAAGGACAUAAGGGACACAGCAGAGUAUCAGCCUUUUCUCAAGUAUUUCUCACAUCUCACCAACCCCUCUUUUCUCUUUUCAUCUUUUCCUAUUGAACCCAUCUGUAAUCUUCCAAACAGGGACAAAACAAGAAAGUCUCUGAAACAUCUUGCAUCUGAGUUUCUAGGGGCCGACAUCCAAAACGGAGAGCACUGUCCUAUUGAUGAUGCAAGAGCUGCAAUGCUGCUUUACCAGAAGAACAGAAGAGAGUGGGAGAGAAACGUGAAAGACCAGACACGGAUGAGGCUGAAACAAAAGAAGCGUAAGCCUAAGAAGAGAGUAAAGGAAGCUAAUCACACCUCAACUGUUUGAACCAAACAAAGCUAAAGCAAACAUUCUGAUCAAACAGAAACCAACAAUAGAUGAAAAGUUUUGUUCGUCUCUUCCAUUUUUGCUGUGGGCUUUACUUGUUAGCAUCAGGUUCCCACAAUGUACCAUCUUGUUGUAUACAAGUUCAUUAUCAAAAUAUUCUCAUCUGGACUUUUUAUGUUA